ACCUCUGACACAGCACUUUUUCCACUGUGUCAUGUCUUUCAGCAAUGUUUCUGGUGUGUUUCCGUCCUUGCUCACUGUCUCUAUAAAUGCGCUGAACCCAGGAAUCCCACAUCAGGCACAGCAAGACCUGCAGCAGUCUGGCCUGACUCCUAUAAUUUAUCAACUCCUACGGUUUAUCUCCACCCAACAGGAGCAUGAAGACCUCCACAGCUGCCCUUGCUGUACUCCUUGUGGCUGUCCUCUGCUAUCAGGUCUCCUCUUCUCCAGGCGCUGUCAAGUUUAGUCGUUCCUGCUGCCACCAGUAUGUAACCAAGGAAGUUCCCUUGCACCGCGUGGUGGCGUAUGAAUAUGCGGGCAGGCACUGCCACCUGCCAGCCGUGAUAUUUAUCACACGGCAAGGCAAGGUCUGUGGCAGACCUGGUGAUAAGUGGGUCCAGGACAUCUUGAAUAACCACAACAAUGCAGGCAGUGGAUAAGCAACACCCUGCUUCCUCCAAGCAUCACCUCAGCAAGGACCUACUCUCAUGGGCACCUCUGAGACACAUCCCUGUUUUCUUAUUACUCAUGAAUUUGGCAGACUAUUUAAUACAGUGGUCAGCUCUUUUAUUUAAGCUUAUGCAAAAGCAAUUUUAAUUUAUUUGGCAUUUCUGUGGAACUUUUCAUUCUAAUGUAUUGACUGUGUUGAAGCUAUUUUUGUAUAAUAAAAAGGAGCAAAACCUCCAGUGGCUCUCAGAAUGCUUUGCAGUGACUGUGCUGGGCAGUGGAGGCUGGGAGCAGGUACAGGUUGACACUAGGUGGGUCUGUGGGGCAGUGUGAUGGCUCCUGGCUGUACAACCCCCAGUCACGGUGGAGCACUGCUCCUCCUGCCUGCUCCUGGCAGGUCUGUGAGCAUCUCCCUGUGCUUCGUACCCCUUGCCUGCCCUAUGGCCAAACUUGCAGCUCUCAGGUGGGUGGGUGUCAUGGGAGAUGUUUUGGUGUUGUGCACUGAG